AACAUGGCGGAUUUUUCUUUAACUUUGACAAACAUUAUUUAGGUUGAAAAUAACCCUCCGUGUUAAAGAAUAGGGGUUGCCACGUACAUGAUGCAAGCAAAUACUACCUGACUAAAACCUCAGACUGAAUAAAAUGAUUCGUCUGUGUGCGCUUAAUGAUGAUUCAAGUGAAGAGAGUGACCACGAACCUACACAGGAAAGUGUCAAACAAGCCAAGGAAUCAGAGGCUCUGGAGUUGUACAACAAAGGCCUGGCCUUGCAGCAGAAAGGAGAUUAUACAGCAUCUGAGGAAGCAUAUAAUCAUUUGUUAAAUUCUGCUUUGGUCAAAGAGGCUCUGCCACCAGAUGAGGAUACUGGAUUAGUUGAACCUGGUCAUGUAUUGAAAUACUCAGCUUACAAGAAUCUGGCUUCAUUAGCAGAGAAGAGAGAACAAUGGGAAAAGUCUAUAGAUGCAUAUCUUCAGGCUGUUGCACUUGAUGAUUCAGAUGUGACAGUAUGGCAUCAUCUUGGAAUGGUAGCACUGAAGACAUUUGAUCUUUGCUUGGCUCGACAUUCAUUUGAGGAGGGUUUGAAGUGUAAUCCAAAGCACUGGCCUUGUUUAGACUUGCUCUGUACAGUGCUGUAUGCCAUUGGGGAUUACUACACAUGCCUAGUUGUGAUUUCGAAGGCCUUCGAGAGGGAUGAAGAAUAUCCUAAAGGUAUUGCAUUGAAGAAUCAGAUAUUCUUAGAGGAACCACCACUCAAGAAAGAAUCACAACAUUUGAGAAAUCUGUUUAAUAUGUGUUAUGCAAUGAAUGAGGAAGAGCAAGAAAAUGAAGAGAACAAGUUUGUGAAGGAAGCACUUCAUCUCAGGGAACAGAGGCUAAAACUUGUUGAAGCAGACAGGGCCCCUCCCCCUCCUUAUGCACCCGUCAAGCCUCUGACAUCACACACGUGGGCAAGUCUGGGAGAAUGCUUCAUUGCUCUGUAUGAUCACUUAACAUCACCAGAAAAUCCUCAGCCGCUUGGUCGAAGAGUUGAUUUGGAGGAGUACUACAAAGCCAUUGUCACUCCAGACAUCUCCAUGUCCUACCGAACAUCUGUUGUUAAAGUGCCAGAUUAUUCAAGUUCCAGUUUUUCUACAGAGGGAUUUUCAGUGUACAAGAAUGUCCAGACAGGUGAGAGUGAGGAGAAGAACAAAAAAGGACCAAAAAGAAAGAAACCUCCUCCAAGUGCCAUUGAUGAUUUUCUUCCAAAGAGAAGAUCAGCCAGGGUGAGAACAAACAAGAAGAAGGAAGAGGAAAUAAACUACAGGGAAUUAGUGCAGUCAUUUAUUCCUUCACUGUUCAGACCCAGUGUCAGUGUAGAUGAUGAAAGUAGCCAGGACAGUCUCACAGAUGGCUCACAGUUUAGUCAAAGAAGCAGCCAGUCACAAGCUAUUGAAGGGAAACCUGGAGAGGCUGACAGGAACAAUUAUGAUGAAGUGAUCACUGGGGAAGCUGAGGCUUUGGACAUUCUCACCUUUGUCAAAGAGCACAUGGAAAAUGGUGGAAUCAUUGAUGUAAUGAAUCAAUAUGGGAUAUGCCUUGCAGCUCAAAACAACAAAAAGUGGCCUUCAGCCUUGGCAGAUGUCUUCCUUAAGACCUAUCAAAGGAUGAGGAAACAUGUCAUUCUUCCUUCUGAAUUUUGUGAUGAUCAAGAUUCCCUAUAUAGAACAAGAAUGGCAAAGCUUGUACUUGUGGCCAGUGAGUUGACGCUUGACAAACUCCUCACAGCGAAGUCAAAAUCCUCAUCUAGCCUCUCACCUGCCAGUUCACCGCGCGGUGGUGGUGUUGUUGUCUCGCCGUGGAAAGUCGGCGGGUUUUCCAGUCAGUAUUUGGCAACAGAUGUGGAGUAUCUUCAUCGCAUUAGCUGUGAUCAGAGCAUUCAUGGAGACUUCACUUUAGAAAUGGCCAUUAGAGUAAACUGGAUGCGAGCAAGAUAUCUUAUGCUACAAGGUCAAAUGGAUUAUGCCAUGAUGUACCUAGACAGGACUUCAAAGUUCUUAGAGCUAAAGGUCAAUUCUAUUGAGGGACCCACCACCGUCAAGCUAGUGAACUGUAAAGUUGAUAACCUUGUUACAAUCGAUCAAGUCCAGAAGAAGUUAGAGUCGCUACAAAGGUGUCAGUCAUUAGAAGAGGUUCACCGUUUGUACGAGUCAGGUUAUUAUGAAGAUGUGGUUCAACUUCUGAUGCCCACACUCCAUCAACCACAGCCUAAAACCAAGGUUGGUGAACUCGGCAUGUCUAUACCUGAGAGACCGGCUCAGCUGCUGCUACUACAGGACUCGCUUAUUAAGCUCAAGGAUUACGAGCGAUGUCUCACGUGUUCCGAGAUAGCCCUGAACGAGGCCGUGUCACAGAUGAGUCCUUGCGAGGCCUGGUCCACUACUCUCUCCAGGCUCUUUGGUUGCAUUGAUAGGAGUAUUCAGGAAGGUGAUAACAUACUGGACAAGAUUCCUCAGGAUAAACUGUGUAGACUGACUAACAACAUCGUCAAGGUUCUAGAGGCAUCCAUGAACUCUUCCGACAGUAGUUCUGAUCCACCGUUAGCAACUGCGAAACCUUGGGUACUACUCUACAAAAUCACUGAACAUCAAGAGAAGUACAAUGAGACAGUGGACAGUUCGUCAAAGACAUGUGCACCUCCGACUGUUCCUCCGCCUGAAGACUCCCCAAUGCCUGAAACACUAAAUACUGACAGCAAUAUGAGCGGCGGUGAUGUGAUACGUGAGGUGCCUGCAAGUAACCUAUCUCCAUCGCUACAGUUUCUGCGCAUAGCACAUGAACAUCUCGGAAGACGUGGCUGGUGUUGUAAUAACGAGGGAGUUUUUCUGUUGCUUAAAGUGGAGGUUCUGACAAAGGAGCUCGCCAAAGCGACGGUUCCCGCCAGAGAGGAGAUGGUUCGUGAUCUUGAGCAGUGUUUCCUUUGUCUUUAUGGCCAUCCUUCUAAGAAAGCGAAGGCUCGCGGCUUACAGGAACACAAUUCCUCUCAGAUCGCGCUGACGUGGAGCAACUCAGUCGGAGUAUUUGAUUACUUCAAGCCCCCACAGCCUCCCACGUUUGACAGUAAAUCCAACACUAUCUCGGCAGAGGUACAGAAUCUCCUCCGCAGAAUAACGUUGGUAAUCCCACAGCAGGAACUUGAAGCUAUCAGUUUUGAAAGCGUCCAGUCGUUUAUUGAGGGCGGAGAUGAGCCAAUCCCCAAGUUGCCUGAUCGUCUCGUAGGCGUUAAAAGACCUGUGAUAAAUGAAAUAUUUUAUCUCCUCGCUGAUUUCUACUUCAAGAACAAAGAAUUUAGCAAAGCCCUCAAGUUCUACAUGCACGAUGUAUCUGUCCAGCCCGACAGAGCUGAUACCUGGGCCGCUAUGGCUCUCGCUCGUAAAAGGAGACUGGAAAACAAGUUAAACGCGUGUGAACCUAAAAGUGAAGGACCGAUACAAAAGCUGGCUGUCUCAGCUCUCAGGUGUUUUAAAAGAGCGUUGGAGAUUGACGGAUCAAACAGCAGCUUGUGGGAAGAGUAUGGAACACUCUGUUACAUGCUAUACUCCCAUGCCUCCAGGCAGUUAAAUCAGUUUGAUAAAGACGAGAUGACCUCCGACAACCGUGCGUCGUUGCUUAAGCGACGUGAUGAGAUGUUGCUGUUAUCUGAGAGCUGCUUCACGUCUGCGCUCGGCAUCGAGGACGGCGAACCCUGGCUCCAUCACUAUAUCUUAGGAAAGAUCACAGAAAAACUAAACAAACCUCCAAGUGUUUAUCUGGAGCACUAUCAAAAGAGUGCGAAAUAUCUAGAUGACGACAUCACUAAUUAUCCGAAGAAAAUUAGCUAUUACACCCCACCAGAGCACGUCUUGGAAGCUUUGGAGAUUUAUUUCCGCAUCCAUGUGUCAGUUCUUAAACUUCUCUUUGACAAGUUCCCGGAUGUUGACGUUGGUGUCCUUGAAGAUCAUCUUCAGAGAGCGUCUAAGGGGCCCUUUUAUCACGCGGAGUUUGACACUGAUAUCGGACCGGGGAACGUCUACAGGACCGAGUCCACUACAUCAGAAUCUUUGUCAAGUAGCGUUUUCGAAGACACUAAGCAAAGCGAGCCAAAGUCCUCUGAGGCAAGUGGUGUAGCCAAUUCUGUAAUUUCUCCUGAGCCCCGACAAGGUGAAGACUUCAAUCCGCCUCAAGCAGAGGGUAACAUUGCAGAAGAACAUAAAAUCGCCACCCGGGAGGUUUCCGCCGCGGAAGCCCCUACAGUCUCAACAAACAAAGUUGAGGCAGGUUCGCAAAGUGAACAAUCCUUGGACCCGACGCCGAUGGAAGUUGACUUGAGUAAUGAACCGAGCAGGUUUACACCUGCAGAGGAGACCACGGAUAGUUCCCAGACCCCUUUAGAAGUUAGUUCUAAUGAGCAGCGCGAGGGCUUGGAAACAAAACAAGCUUUUCAAGCCUCGGAAAAAAAUGAUUCUAAGUAUGCUGAUCAAUGUGCCAAGGGUGAGGAAGAAAUGGAAAGUUCCAAAGAUACCGAGCUAUCUUUAGUUGGCUCAGAUGUAAUUGGUGAUGGGAAAACCGUUGAAGAAUUAAAUGCGGAGGAAGGUGUAGGGGAAACGGGUAUGGAAGUUGAGCAUGUCGGGGAACAGGAAUCGGUCACGUGCUUGGAAAACAAACUCAAGGAUCAAGAAGAAAAUGUUAAGAGUCUCGAUAAACUGGAGGAAAGCUCUGCUGACCAGGAAACUCAAGAAGCAGUUGAGUCCACUCUAAAUUUCGAAGAUACAGAAAUCAAAACGGAUAAAGAUAUUAUGUCGAAUGAAGACACUGAGGUCAACAGUAAACCAGAAAAGAUGGAGACUGAGGAUAUUCCUACUCAUGGUACAGAAAAUGUUGAAAUGACGGAAAAUACCAGUGCAAUUUUAUCAACAUCGCCUGAUGAACCAGUGACAGAGACGCCUCCUGCUGUCUCUGUGACACCGACUACUGACCCCGCUGGAGUUUCCGCUUCUAGCGUGACACCGAUGGAGAACACGAAGCCGCCAUUGACAGAGGAACAGCAGGCAAAGAAGAGAGAACUCAUGGAUCUCUGUAUUCGUGCUCUUGAGUAUUGUCUUCGGCGGUUUUCUCAGCAUCACAAGUCGCGCUAUCGCCUGGCUUAUGUUUACUACUACUCUUCUGAGCAUAAGGAAACCAGUGUCUGUCGUGAUUUACUGUUAGGCAGCAAUACAAGACAGAGCAAGACGUUUCCCUUCCCGCCUCAAGGACUUUUCAACGAGAAAAGCAAAACAAACCUGUUCUCGGCCUUUUGGAGAAUUCCAGAAGAAGAUAUAGACAGGCCGGGAUGUUUUUGCACACACACCUAUAAGUCAGUAGCUUUGAUGCUGGAAGUUCUCCGCGAGUUAAACGAGUGGGACACGUUGUUACUCAUUCAGGCUCUUCUUUAUCGAACACCGGAGGCGGGCAAGAAAUACUUGAGGGACAAUGAAAGGAACUAUUUGGCCAAGAAGGUGAUAAAUAUUCCAGUUCAUUCCAAUGGAUUUAAGAUGUCCUAUGCAUUCGUUUCGUAUCUUUGGGUAGAAUAUUCAUAUCUUAAGUUUGCUUUGCAGGCAUUUGAGUAUUCUCUGGAAAUAAUGAAAGUGAGAGUUUCCAAGCAGGACCCUAAGGUUGAGGUCUCGUUACUUUCCCAACUGGUUAUGGAUGCAUACGAGUGCUGGAAAACUGGACAAAGAUACGAGGCCCAUGUCAAGGCGACAGAGGGUUUACUGACACAGGCCUUUGAGAUGUUCACGGCUUCCCAGUCGGCUUCAGGAGAGUCGCUUAAACUUGGUCAGGACACACCAGCAGACUCCCCAACGUCUCUGUUGGAUCAGGCUUUGAAGUACUGUCAACAGCUCGUCAAGCCACAGACUUCCUCGGCCAAUACGUCAGUUUCACAUCAAACAAAAGGAUCUUCGGGAACCGACACAGGUAACGAUCAAACUUCGGGCUCCGACACCGAUGUUGUAUCAACUGCUUUAGAGCAGACCUUUUCACCUCCGAUACCACAUCAAAAAGAAAAUAAUACUUCAGUAACUUCCCCAGUAGGAGAUCCUAUUCAAGCCUCCGAAACUGUCGUGCCAGACUUGCAAGCAGAUGUUGCUAUCGAGGGGAAAACGACAGAUAAUACACUGACUCGUUCCGAAGAUGUUCCGAUGAUAGCCGACCUGAUACCAUCGUCUGAAGCUCCGAUCACGGAGGGCGUGCAACGAGACUCUGAUAGCGUAACUCUUGAGAGUGAAAAUGAAAAAAAUAGAGAUACAAUUGAGAAAAAUUCAAACUCUGCCACUGCGGAUAGUAUUUCACUACGGGAGAUUAACGCUAGCGCAUCAGACGACCCCCGGAUUACUAGUUUGCCCGCGCAAGCUGGCACACCUGCAGCACCCGUUAAUCCGGGAGGUGCUGAUAUCACCGAAGUUAGUGAUGUUCCAUCAAGCACUUAGCGACCGCACAGAUGUAUCGAUCACAUAAAAGUGUACACUGUGUUGUGCAAAAAGAUAUCAUCGUGUUAUGAUAAGUACGUCCACAUUGCUAGUAAUGAAACUUAUAACCUAAAAAGUAUAAAGAAAACAGCGCCAUUACCAAAUGAGGUUUCUUGGCUAAAACCAGGCGCAUACUGCUGAGCCAUGUUGGGUGAAAGCUCCUGGUCACUAAAACACACAGAACCUCCUACUUCAGUGGAGACAAUCUACUUUUAUCCUUCAGAUUCUAAACAUAAAACAGUAUACAACUUCAAGUAAUUAUAUUGGCUUGUUCGAUGCAAAAAAGUAAUCCACGGUCGUUUCAUUUCGCGAUUGAACUUUGAGUACUUUUUCCUGUUUGCCUUCAUUCAAAGUUUGAGGGUAAAGGGAUAAAAAUAAGUAUAUGUCCGUGGGGGAAAUAUAGAUUUGGUCUUAGGCAAGCGACGGGUCUUCGAGAUAGAGGGGUUAGAGAUAUCCAAGAAAAUU